AUGAAUCGUCACCUCACUGUACUUGGGGGAACUGGCUUUUUAGGUCAACAUAUUUGCAAAACUGCUAUUCAAAAAGGUUGGACAGUUACAUCAUUAAGCCGAAAAGGAAAACCAGAGUGUGCAGGACAUAAUUCAAGUGUUCCAGAAUGGCUAAAACAAGUAAAUUGGUGUAAAGGUGACUUAAAAGAUGAAAUUUUGGUUAAAGAACAUAUAAAAAAAAGUUCUGCCAUUGUAUACUCUGUAGGAACUCUAUUAGAAUCACAAUACAAGCAUUUCCUAUCUGCAAAAGAUCUUUUAUCCCUUACUUUUCAGCCAUCUCAUGAUGAAAAUUUAAGCUAUAAUAAAUUAAAUAGAGAUUUUGCAAUUCAAGUAGCCGAUGAAGUAUCAAGAAUUAAUACGAACAUGCCUUUCGUUUAUCUUUCAGCAGCAGGUGGUUUUCCAGGUAUCCCUAGAAGAUACAUUGAGUCAAAAAGAGAAGCCGAGGAUUAUAUUUGCUCUCUUCCAAAUAUAAGACCCAUUAUUAUGAGACCAGGUUUUAUGUAUUCAAAAGAACGACCCAUCUCUAUGCCUCUUGCUUGCAUUAUUAAUACAAUUUCUAAUGUAAACAGAUUAUUUGACAAAAAAAUACCAUUCAUAGAUGCAGUGGGAGUUAAGCCUUUGAAAGUAGAAACUGUUGCAGAUGCAAUUAUUCAAUCCAUUCACGACGAAACAUUUAAAGGUAUUGCAAGUAUACAACAUAUUGAAAAAUUAGCAACAGUGUUGUAA